AUUUCUUCUUGGUGGUUGUGUGCAUGCGGUGGGAUGGGGAGAGUGCGUGUGUGCGCUGUGGGCAGGGUCGACUUCUUCCGAGUGUGGUCUUCUCGGUGAUAGGUUGUGUGUCCAAGUAUGAUCGUGUCUGCGCUGGUUGGUGUGUAGAUUUGGAUUCUUCAGGGCCCUGCUGCCUUUUCUUCGUUGUAUAUAUUUAUGCUCGUUUGCCUCUCGACUUGUGUGUUGGGUUGCGUGGCCGUUGCGGUUGUGUUUGGGUGGUUUCGUUGUUGAAUCGGGCCCUGCGAGCCUUACUACGUUGGGUUGUGCGGUCACGAGAGAUUGCGUUUCACCGAUUUCGUUGUGUCGUGCUGGACAAUGUUUGGAGCUGAGAGAGUCGGCCUGCGGGGCAGUGUUGCGUUGUGCCUGCUUAGCUUCCCUUCUAUGCGACUGGACAGCGUGUGGCCCAGUCCACACCGGGUUGUGUGCCUGUGUGCUUGUGUCCUUUGGACGCGUUUGUAAAUCGCUGGGGGCUGGAGGGGAGGGCAAGCGAGAGAGAGAUGGAGGCGCAAGUUAAGGAGGCGGCAUGGGGGCGGGGAGAGGGAUUUCACGUUUUAUUCUAAAUUAUGAUGUAUUCGGAGGCCAGCGUCGGCUUGGGUAGGCAGACGGAGCCCGGAUGGGCGGCCGGCUGCUCCGUCCGGAGGCCAGUCUGUGCCUCGGUGGUGUUGGAUGAGUUUGUUAGUGAGCGGGAGGUGCUUCCAGGCUGGAAGCGGAGCAGCGCUUGCGGAGACCCGCGCCUUCACGCCGGGGGUAGCCGCCGGCUUCGGUUCCGAGGCACUGAGGCUUUGUCCAUCUCUGACCGCCCAGGACCACACCGCGGCCUAACUGUCGGUCUCUCGGUGAGAGAGGGGGGGAAAGCAGAGACCCCUGUGCACUCCUGGACCUCGGCUCCCGCCCCUCUCCCGUGGAAGGAGUGGAGAUCCUAUUCAGAGGGGCCGGUCUCUCUAAAUAUGCCCCAGGAUGACGGAGCAGCCGCCCAGCGAGGCGGCACGCAGUGACCCCCCGCUCGAGGGACGGGACGCGGCCGAGGCCCGCAUGGCCCCCCCGCACCUGGUCCUGCUGAACGGCGUCGCCAAGGAGACGGGCCGCGCGGCCCCCGCGGAGCCCCCGGUCAUCGAGCUGGGCGCGCGCGGCGGCCCGGGGGGCGGCCCUGCCGGCGGGGGCGGCGCCGCGCGGGACUUAAAGGGCCGCGACGCGGCGGCGGCCGAAGCGCGCCAUCGGGUGCCCACCACCGAGCUGUGCCGACCUCCGGGGCCCGCGCCCGCGCCCGCCUCGGCCCCCGCGGAGCUGCCGGGCGAAGGCCGCAUGGUGCAGCUGAGCCCGCCGGCGCUGGCGGCCCCCGCCGCCCCCGGCCGCGCGCUGCUCUACAGCCUCAGCCAGCCGCUCGCCUCCCUCGGCAGUGGGUUCUUUGGGGAGCCAGAUGCCUUCCCUAUGUUUGCCACCAACAACCGAGUGAAGAGGAGACCCUCCCCUUAUGAGAUGGAGAUUACUGACGGUCCCCACACCAAAGUUGUGCGACGCAUCUUCACCAACAGCCGGGAGCGAUGGCGGCAGCAGAAUGUGAACGGGGCGUUCGCUGAGCUCCGCAAGCUGAUCCCCACACAUCCCCCAGACAAGAAGCUCAGCAAGAAUGAGAUCCUCCGCCUGGCCAUGAAGUACAUCAAUUUCCUGGCCAAGCUGCUGAACGACCAGGAGGAGGAGGGCACCCAGCGGGCCAAGCCUGGCAAGGACGCCGUGGUGGGGGCUGGGGGAGGCGGGGGAGGGGGAGGGGGAGGUGCGCCUCCAGAUGACCUCCUGCAGGACGUGCUUUCCCCGAACUCUAGUUGUGGCAGCUCCCUGGACGGGGCAGCCAGCCCAGACAGCUACACCGAAGAGCCGGCACCCAAGCACACGGCCCGCAGCCUCCAUCCCGCCAUGCUGCCUGCCACCGAUGGAGCCGGCCCCCGGUGAUGGUCUGGGGCCAACCCAGGACCAGCCGGGAGGGGGCCCUCAGGCUGCUGGGACCGUGGGCUUCAGGGCACGUGGGGUGAGGAUUGGGCGGCUCUGAAGCAGGGCGUGGACUUCAUGAGCUUUCCUUGAUGUCUGAACUUUUCCUUGAUGUCUGAGUGCCCCUGGGGCUGGCUUUCCCGGUUCCUGCCUCAGUAGGAGGACAGAAAAAUGAAGCAAAGUGGUAGGUACUUUUUAUGAAGACGGCACAGUCGUCCCCUUUUCCAAAUCCCUGAGACUUCUCAAGUAAGAGGCUCGAGCGGCACUGCUUUGGGCCUGGGGCGUGGGAGCCCUGUCUUUGCUGAGACCUGGGGUUGUCCGCUCUCUCCUGAGGCGUCUGGCAGCCUCGGCCUUGCCUGUAGCCCUUCCCAAGCUGGCUGGGGUGGCUUUUGUGGCCACACCGUCCAAGUAUAUAGGUACCCAAUAGCUGCCCAUUUCGUGGGCCCCAUCUUCACCCAGGCCCCUGCCAGUCCAUCCAGCUUGCCCGCUGCUGCAGAGAGCCACGAGCCUCGAGGUGCCUUCUUCAGGGCCUGGUUGAAGAAGACGCCCCGUGGACAGCCUGAUCUCGACUAGCUGGGCCGGAGGGUCAGAAAACCCAGGAGCCCUUCCCUCUCACGCGGGGGAUCGAAGCUCUGCUUUCUCCCUGCUCAGACUUGCCUUCCUCAUCCUUGUGGCUCUGGGGACCGGGUCUGCCGCUGUGAGCCUGCCUUGUGGGCUUUGUGCGAAGGCAGAAAAAGGAGAAGUGAUGAGAGUGAAAUCGAGUAAGAGCUGUCUGGGGCACGUGGGCUUCAAAUCGUCGUGAUGUCUCAGAGCCACCUGCUUGCGUUCUCAGUGACACUCUGCGGUGGGUGCGGGGAGCUGAGACCGGGAUGCUGGGGAGGGUGCUGGUGCAGAGAGUAGAUGUGCAGCUCUGUUGCAUGUUCUCCUGGGUGCUCAGAGGGACCCUCCUGUGGCAGGAUGUCUGUUUGCUGGUGGUCUGGUCUGUAUCCUGAGACCAAAUUGAGAGCAGACCCCGUCCUGUGAAUUCCUGGUAUUGGGGAUUGUGCUUGACUUCAGUUAUCUGCAGGAUCUCUAGGUCUUGAUAGGACCCAGGAUCUAGCCUGGUGCCCAGGGCCUGGGGAAUCAGGGGAGACCAGGCCUUGGCCGAGACCCAGGCACACAUAUACACACAUAUUCACUUAGCAGACCCUUCGGCGUCCCUGGAUGGUGCAAAUUUCAGUCAUCAAGGCUGUGUCUGGGAGGCUGGCUUAACCCAAUACGAGCGCUCCCUGCCAAAAGUUGUACAUGACAUUUUUGUAAAUCAAAUCCUCAUCGUCCAUCUUUUAAAGAAAAACUACCACAAGUCCUUCGGUAAAGUGGAAAAUCCUUUUGUGGAAUGGCGCCCCCGCCCCCUCAUUGAACUCGUGUGUCCGUCCAGAUGGUGGGAGGUGGUUUGCAAGGCAAGGCCCGCCUGUGACCCACAUCCCGAGCCCGUGGAACAAACCACGCACAAGCCCUGUACACCUGUCACUGUGCCCUCAGGGCACCCCAGCCAGCCCUGACCAGGCUCUGCUUUGAGAUCGGAGGGAAGACGAUGCUUUGGCUCUGCCCUGUCCACAGCGGUGUGGGCUUCAGCCUGGUGGCUUGCCCUCGCCAUGGCAGGGCCUGGGGGACAGCCACAUGCACACGGGGAAUGAGCUCUGCCCCCUCCCCUUCCUUUCAGGUUGUGCGGUCCAGCUCGUAGGGGUGGGAGCAACGGGGUUAAUGCUGGCAGCGCUCUGUCCCAUUUCACCCCCCACUCGUACCUGGAUGACCAUGAAGACUGCUUCCUUUCUGAUACUUGGAAGCUCCUGUGAGGAGCCCCAUCUGACGGAGCACCUGUGCCAGGUGCUAAGGCUGUGUUUGCUUCCUAGGGGCUCAGGGUGACAUGGAGUGGAAAGUGGCCACCGUGUGCCUGGGAGGAUGGGCUUUAGGAGAUGGGUCCCCCAUUCUAUCAGGAACUCAAGCUUCUGGCUCUCUCUUUUCUCAGACUUGCAGUGCGACCUGCAAGAGUUCUCUCUCUGAGUGUCGGUGUCUCAUAAAUACCCUGGCUCAGCCCAUCUCCCCGGGCCGUGGUGUGGACGGAGUGGAAUCAUGCACGUAGAGGCAUUUCGAGAGUGUGAGGCACUCCGUUGCCCUCAGUAUCAUUCCUGCAGUGGGGUUUCCCACCCUGAGUCCAGGACCCAGGCGGUGGGCCAGGUUGCCUGACUGCCCAGCAUUUGGGUCAUGCACGUUCUAAACCACAGAAGCCCACGUCCACUAGAUUCUCCUCAUUUCUCCAGAUGGACCUCAUUUCUGUUUUAUUCCAAGGCAAAGGCACAGGAGGGAGAUGAGAGACAGGAUAUGGGAACGUGGGCAGAAUCGGUAUAGAGUGCCACAGCUCCCCACGACCGGCCCGGGUAGGGAUGGGCCACGUUUCAUGUCUUUGUUAAGACCUCGAGAUAGAACCACAAUUUUGAUUUUCGCUUCCAACCCCCCGCCGCCCAGCACACCCUUCUCUUUCCUUUGGCUCCUCUUCAUCCGUAGAUAUUCUUCAUCCGAGAAGAAUAUCUGUUUGAAAUGGGGAAAAAAUGUAAAGGUAAAAAGUCACGAGGCGCCAAGGGUGAUCGUAAGUGACCAGAAGUAAUCACACUUUUUAAGAAAAACUCAUGUGCUUUUCUUCGUAGUGGCAAACGACGAGAUGGUACAACCUCUAUCCCUUUCCGAAAGCAAAACAGAGGGCACAGCAUCUGUAGUCAGCUGACAGCUGGCUGGGCCUUUGGGGGUGGUCUCAUCGUACUUGUGAUUUCAGUGGUACGUGGCCCCCGCCGAAGGCUGAAGGCUGGCCCCCACCCCCCCACCCCGUUCGGCCGUGUACAUAGCGCACUGUUCCUGCGGGCGGGCCCGGCACUUUCCGUCAAUGUUGUACUGUACGUGAUGCAUUGCGUUGGUCUCUGCAUUUUUCUGCAGAAGAGGAGUAACCGCUCCGGGUACCUUGACCUUUGUGUAGCCCAGAGGCCAACACUGUGGGCGUGUGACUCUUUAGCAACAAAACCCAUGUGGUGAUGAUGUGUGUAUAUAAGGAUAUAUGGGGAAGAUUUCUAAAUAAAAGUUUUACAAAGGG